AUGGCCUUCUUCGCUCGAUUCAAGUCCUAUAUCAGGGGCCAAGAGACUGUGCCCGGUGAAGCAAAGCUGCUCCGCAAAAUUGAUGCAUUCAUCUUGUCGUUUUGUUGUCUCUGCUAUUUCGCCAAUUACUUGGACCGCAGUAACCUCAACAAUGCAUACGUCUCGGGCAUGAAGGAGGAGCUCAAUUUCAAAGGGAACCAGCUCAAUGUUAUAAAUACUGUCUUCACUGUUGGAUAUAUUGUUGGACAGGUUCCUUCCAAUCUGGCUCUGACCUAUCUACGGCCGCAUCUCUUCUUCCCGGCGAUGAUGCUAAUCUGGGGUAGUCUGACCAUGAUCACGGCUGCAGUACAUAACCCCCAGGGUAUCAUGGCGAUCCGCUUCUUCUUGGGCUUGGCCGAGUCGAGUACUUUCGUCGGAACGCAUUAUAUUCUCGGCUCCUGGUACACAGAGAAGGAGCUGGGCAAGCGCAGUGGAAUUUUCACCGCAUCAGGUCUGGCAGGAACAAUGUUUGGAGGUUUCAUCCAGACCGGCAUUCAAAAAUCCCUCAAUGGUGCCCAUGGACUGGCGGGUUGGCGAUGGCUUUUCAUUAUUGAUGGCCUGAUCACUAUUCCCAUCGCCAUCUACGGUUUCUUAUUGUUCCCCGACACACCAACCACUACGAAAGCCCCCUAUUUGACCUCUGAAGAGCGGGCCAUGGCCAUCGCGCGAAUCCCAGAGUCCGGCUCUGUCAAGGUUCCCCUGAAUCUGACAUUCGCCAAACGCGUCUUCACCUCUUGGCACUGGUACGGCUUUGUCAUUCUCUGGAUCAUCGCCGGAGAGACAGAGUCAUUCUCAAGCAAUGCCCUGCUGGCACUCUAUAUGAAGUCAUCCCCAUCUCACAAAUACACCGUCUCCCAGUUGAACGACUACCCCACGGGCGUGCCAGCAGUCGGCAUCGUUUCCACGCUGUUCUGGGCUACUUUAACCGAUUUCAUGGGGGGCAAGCGGUAUCUAGUCGGAUACUUUAUUGCCAUCACUGGUAUUGUGACAUCCGCCAUGAUCUUAACUCAAUUCGAGAAAACUGCUGUCGUGUUCGCCGCAUACUACUGGGCUGGAGCGGUAUAUGCCUGUCAGGCAACGUUCUUUGCUUGGUGUAAUGAUGCCAUGCGUUAUCAAGAUGACCGGUUCAGGUCUGUGGUCAUUGCCAGCAUGAACAUGGGCAGUAAUGCGGUGAACGCUUGGUGGAUUCUGCUUUUCUACUCGGCUAAUAUGGCGCCUCGAUUUACGAAGGGUAUGUGGGCGAUGAUUGGAUGUUCGAUUGCGCUGGCGCUUUGGACGACAGGUAUCAUUUGGAUGACUGUGCGUGAGGAGAAGAGUAGAGAAGGCCGGGAACCUCGGAUUAGAGACGCCGAUGUCAAGCAAAUUGAGGAGACUACUAGGGAGGUUUAA